GAAGCAACGCGCGGCCCGCGUUCCGGCGAGUAGAGGACAGCGACCGGCACGGCGCGGGCAGUCCCCAAUCCAAACCCGCCGGUUUCCCACCCUUCCUUGCCCCCUGCCUGGUGUGUCGUGAGCAGAUCAGCAGAGCAUCUCCCUCCUACUCCCUCGCCCUCUCCGGCUCUCCCCUCCCUCUCGCGGCAGAUCCCGAGGCGGCUCGGCUCGCAUUUCCAGCUCGCUGCCCCCGCCCCGACGACACGCGAUCCCAAGGCCGAGGUCAACUCGAAUCCACCACACCACCACUCCCGCGCCCGCCUUAAACGCAGCCGCGUGCGUCGUCCACCACGACGCAGUCGCAGCCGCAGCCGGAGCAGCAGCAGCAGCAGAUCCACCACCGACGCGCGCGGCGCGCGCGCAGGCGCGGAGCCCUGGAUCCCGUGGAGCAGGAGGCGGUCAAGCCGUCGCCCACGCCCCCCGGGCGCAUCCGCUACCGCACGCCCUCCUCCCCGGACCUCCUCCUCCCCACCGACGCCAAGAUGCGCCCGCGCUACUCCGCGCUGCCCAACGGCCGCCAGGACACGCUCGCCGACCGACUACACCGCUACCGCGGCGUCCUGCUCGUCCUCCUCGCCCCGCUCGCCCUCGUCUCCCUCGUGCUCCUCCUCAUGCCGCGCUCGCCCGCAUCCUCAACCGCCGCCGCAUCCUCCAGGAGGUCGGGGCCCUUGGACGCCGCCGCCGGUGCUAAGAGGUACGCCGUCAUCUUCGACGCCGGGAGCUCCGGCAGCCGCGUCCACGUCUUCUGCUUCGACGCCAACCUGGAUCUGGUCAACAUUGGCAGCGAGAUCGAGCUCUUCGUCCAGAAAAAACCGGGACUUAGCGCCUACGCCAGUGACCCGCGGGAGGCUGCCGAGUCGCUCGUCUCUCUCCUUGAUGAAGCCAAGCGAGUGGUACCUGCGGAAUUGCGCGACCAAACUCCCGUCAGAGUCGGGGCCACCGCAGGGCUGAGGAAUCUGGGAGCGCAGAAGUCUGAGGAGAUCUUGCAAGCGGUUAGGGAUCUUCUUCGUGAUAAGAGUUCGUUCAAAAACCAAGCAGAUUGGGUUACGGUUCUUGAUGGGUCGCAGGAAGGGGCGUACGAGUGGGUCACUAUCAAUUAUCUGUUGGGAAAUUUGGGAAAGACUUAUGCAGACACAGUUGGAGUGGUCGAUCUUGGUGGUGGAUCUGUCCAAAUGGCAUAUGCUAUUGCAGAGAAGGAUGCAGAAAAGGCUCCUAAACCAUCUGAUGGGGAAGACUCAUAUGUGAAGAAACUCUUCCUUAAAGGAACCACAUAUUAUCUUUAUGUUCACAGCUAUUUGCACUAUGGGUUGCUGGCUGCUAGAGCAGAGGUCUUAAAAGCUGGCAAUGGCAAUGGUUACAGCAACUGUAUGUUAGAAGGAUAUCAAGGGCAAUACAAAUAUGGUGAUGAAACAUUUGAAGCCUCGGCUUCACCUUCUGGUGCAAGUUAUUCAAAAUGCAAGGAUGAUGCAGUGAAAGCUCUUAAAGUGGAUGAAGCAUGCACCCACAUGAAAUGUUCUUUUGGUGGCAUUUGGAAUGGUGGUGGUGGUGCUGGACAGAAGAAUCUCUUUGUAGCAUCGUUUUUCUUUGACAGGGCUGCUGAGGCUGGAUUUGUAAACCCCAAGGCAGCUGUGGCUAAGGUUAAACCCUCAGACUUUGAACAAGCUGCCAAGCGUGCUUGUAAGUUGAGCGUGAAGGAUGCCGAAGCUGCAUACCCUGGUGUACAAAAGGAUAACCUUCCAUAUAUCUGCUUGGAUCUUGUUUACCAGUACACACUGCUUGUGGAUGGAUUUGGCGUUGAUGCAGACCAUGAGAUGACCUUGGUAAAGAAGGUCCCUUACAACGGCGCAUAUGUAGAAGCAGCGUGGCCUCUAGGCAGUGCCAUUGAGGUUGCAUCUUCAUAGGCAGAAAACAGUUUAGCAGGGAACACCAGAAGGUGUUGACAUCAUGAAAUUUUGGGUCGAGAGGUUUCCGUAUACGAUUGGUGUUGCGGCUUGCUGAAGUCACCAUUUUGUCAUUCAAUUCAUUCGGCCUCCUAUAUUAUAGCUUUAUACACAAGGCACUGUUGUACUUGGUCCAUUGUAAGCCCUAUUUUUUUUGUACUUAUGCAAGUAAGAUGAGAGCCUCUAUCAUUCUUUUUGACCUCUACAAAGAACACAAGGAUGUGCAUAAGCACAUCAUUCGCUCACUGGAAAUGCACAGAUGUAUCAUCCAUUGACUGAAGAUAUGACUUCGUCAGUAGUUAAGAAUGGAUCCAGAGGCUUUGCCCUUUUGUAACUGAAAGACUGGCUUCAUGCGGCCGUGGCUGUGGCUGUGGUUGUGCCUGAGAGAACUAAACCAGGGUAUAUUGUGUUCGUCGUCU